UUUCCUUCCCUGUCUUUGUAAUCCACGCUGGAUGUGCCAAUAAAAAAAAACCCCCCAGGACAGAUUUUUUUUUGGAACCGCAUGCAAAAUACCCAGAGCGAGUAGGUACCAGUACAGUCCGUGGUAAGUACACACAGGUUGGUGGUCACUGAGCGUGACUGCAAACACUAAAUUAAGUCAGGCUUUGCCUCACUUCCUCUCCUUCUCCCACAAAACCUAAUCUCUUCCUCUUCCUUUUUCAAACCUCCUCCCCUAAUCCAAAUUGGUUUUCCUUUUCUUUUCCACAUAUUAUCAACUUCUCUUUUUUUUCUCUUUCUUCCCCUUUCUUUCUUUCUGCAAUUUAAUAGAGGGUUAGAUCUGGGAGAUCGCCUUGUUCAAGUUUCCAAAUCCCAAAUCGUUUUUUUACCUUUUUGUUGUGUUACUCAUAUUCGAUCCAUCUGGAUCGCCACUCAAUAGAGAGACACGAGGAUACUUCUUUACCUUCUUCACGUUUCUCUCCUUCCCUCUAGUCCUGUACAAACACGAAUCUCGGGCGCUCUUUUCCCAUUUUUUGACGAUAAGCAGAUCGCGCUUCUGCUCCCCGGGUUUUUAAAAACAGCACUUCUUUUUUCUUUCCCUCUUUUUUAGUGAAAUACCGCAAAGAUGGCCGACGGCUUGAAGAUGGGAAACCUUUCCCUCAACGAAUCUCAGCAUGCGCCUGCCCCAAACUCUUCCGCUGGCCGCGCUGCCUACAUCCCUCCCCAUCUCCGUCAACGCCAAAUGGGUGGUGCGAACAUGGACGGAGCCCCCGCCGCUGCCCCCCCUGCCCCUGGUCCUAGCGGACCUGGCAACUCUUGGGGUUCAAGAGGCGCUCCUCGCGGUGGCAACUGGGCCAACGCUAGUGCUCCUGAUUUCAGCCCUCGCGGUCCCAAUACCAAUGGUAACACCAGCUGGACUCCCACUGAAGGUUCUCGCCGAUCAUUUAAUCCUGAUGCUUACGGAAACCCAGGUCAUGGAGGCUCUUAUGGCGGAAGCGGAGGCAGUGCCAGAGGCUCCGGAGAUGGCCAGUGGCGCGACGGCAAGCACAUCCCUGGUCCCGCCAAUGCUCGCGUGGAGCGUGAACUUUUCGGCCUGCCCAACGAUCCCACUAAGCAGAACACUGGUAUCAACUUUGCCAACUACGACGAUAUUCCCGUGGAAGCCUCCGGUCACGAUGUUCCCGAGCCCGUCAACGCAUUCACCAACCCUCCUCUGGACGACCACCUGAUUGCCAACAUCAAGCUCGCUUACUACCAGACUCCUACCCCGGUGCAGAAGUACUCUAUUCCUAUCGUGAUGAAUGGCCGUGACCUGAUGGCUUGUGCCCAGACUGGUUCUGGAAAGACUGGUGGUUUCUUGUUCCCAAUCUUGUCUCAGGCCUUCCAGAACGGUCCUUCCCCGACUCCUGCCCCGGCAUCCGGCCAGUUCAGCUACGGCCGUCAGCGCAAGGCCUACCCAACGUCCCUUAUCUUGGCCCCAACUCGUGAACUUGUCUCUCAGAUCUUCGAUGAAGCCCGAAAGUUCGCUUACCGCUCUUGGGUUCGUCCCUGCGUCGUCUACGGUGGUGCCGACAUUGGAUCUCAGCUCCGUCAGAUUGAACGUGGUUGUGAUCUUCUGGUUGCCACUCCUGGUCGUCUCGUGGAUCUUAUUGAGCGUGGCCGCAUUUCUCUUGUCAACAUCAAGUACUUGAUCCUGGACGAAGCUGAUCGCAUGUUGGACAUGGGUUUCGAGCCUCAGAUCCGCCGCAUUGUGGAGGGUGAAGAUAUGCCUCAUGUUAAUGACCGUCAAACCCUGAUGUUUUCUGCCACCUUCCCUCGCGACAUCCAGAUGCUGGCUCGCGACUUCCUGAAGGAUUAUGUUUUCCUUUCUGUUGGCCGUGUCGGCUCAACCUCCGAGAACAUCACCCAGAAAGUUGAAUACGUCGAAGAUCACGAUAAGCGUUCGGUUCUCUUGGAUAUUCUCCACACUCAUGGCACUAGCGGUCUCACCCUCAUUUUCGUUGAGACCAAGCGCAUGGCCGACUCUCUGUCGGACUUCCUGCUCAACCAGCGCUUCCCUGCCACCGCCAUUCACGGUGACCGUACUCAGCGUGAGCGUGAGCGUGCUUUGGAGAUGUUCCGUUCCGGCCGUUGCCCUAUCUUGGUUGCUACUGCUGUCGCUGCUCGUGGUCUUGAUAUCCCCAACGUUACUCACGUUAUCAACUACGACCUGCCUACUGAUAUUGACGACUAUGUUCACCGUAUCGGUCGUACCGGUCGUGCGGGUAACACCGGUAUUGCAACCGCCUUCUUCAACCGUGGCAACCGCGGCGUCGUUCGCGAUCUGAUUGACCUUCUCAAGGAGGCUCACCAGGAGGUUCCGUCGUUCUUGGAGAGCAUUGCUCGUGAGGGCAGUGGAUAUGGUGGCCGUGGCGGCCGUGGAGGUCGUGGCCGUGGAGCCAACGCCACCCGUGAUAUGCGUCGGAUGGGCGGCGGUAUGGGCGGUCCUCCUUCCUUCGGUGGCAGCAGCUACGGCGGUCCCAGUGCUGGCUAUGGUGGUAGCUACGGUGGUGGCGCUCCCUCUUACGGUGGUGGUGCUGGUGGCGGCGGCAGCGGCGGCAGCUACGGCUACGGCGGCAGCGGCGGCGGCGGCUAUGGAAACCCCUCGGGCCCUACUGGACCUUCCUCCUGGUGGUAAAUCCGGGGUUAUGCCCGUGGUCUCUGACGAGGCCGUCAGGUCUGAUUGGCUCCAUUUAUCUUCAUUUGCCUUUCAUUUGACGGAUACGAUCAGAACGAGCCCUGAGUUGUUUUUUUCUUUUUUGUUUUAUCUCAGGAACGGCUUUGUCAUGACUGCCACGACUUCCUUUUAGAUUUUUUUUUUUUUUUUUUGUUCUU